AUGCACGAAGUUAAUCGCAUGUCUUUGCUACGAUACAUUCGUAAACGCGAUGGAGUCACUGCAGGCCAGAAUGAAGACAGCGUCAGCAUGGGAUAUGCCGCACAUAAUAAAGUGUUCUCUGAGGAGCAGGAACAGCAGCUGGCACUUUAUAUAACACGAUGCGCAGAAAUAUAUUUUGGCCUUUCUCCGAAAGAGGUGCGGAAGCUAGCUUUCGAACUUAGUACUAAAUACAAUCUGAAGCGACCUGCUACUUGGCUCGAGAAUGAGAUGGCUGGCGAGGAAUGGUUUCGUUCAUUCAUGAAUAGGAAUCCUUCACUCUCUGUUCACGUAGCUCAAGCAACUAGCCUUUCAAGAGCAACGAGCUUUAAUAAAACAAAUGUAAAAGCUCUUUAUGACAAUUUGCAAACUGUUAUGGACAGACAGAAAUAUGAACCACAGGAUAUAUACAAUGUUGACGAAACAGGCGUCACCACUGUCCAAAAACCUGACAAGGUAGUAGCAAGACGUGGGGUACGCCAAGUGGGAGCUCUUACUUCAGCUGAGCGAGGCACAUUAGUCACAGUUGCUUUGGCAGUAAAUGCCUUUGGGAAUACUAUGCCUCCUCUAUUUAUAUUUCCACGGGUUCGUUAUCGUGAUCAUUUUGUUAGGGAUGGGCCUGUAGGAUCAAUUGGGACUGCAAAUCCUUCAGGAUGGAUGCAAGAUGAAUCGUUCUUAGUAUUUCUCCAACAUUUUAAGAAAUUCUCUAAUGCUUCUCAAGCGCAUAAAGUGUUGCUAUUGCUGGAUAACCAUUCCUCACACAUCCACAUCAACACAUUGGAUUUUUGUGAAGAAAAUGGAAUCACAUUGCUUUCAUUUCCUCCACACUGUUCGCACAAACUACAACCCUUGGAUAGAUCUGUGUUCGGACCCUUCAAGAAAGCUAUAAAUACUGCUUGUGAUGGCUGGAUGUGGAGUCACCCUGGAGAAACAAUGACAAUCUACGAUAUACCAGGUAUUAUCAAAACUGCUAUGCCUCUGGCUUUCAUACAAUCGAACAUUCAGGCUGGUUUUUGCAAAACUGGUAUUCACCCCUAUAAUCUUAAUGUAUUUCAAGAAACUGACUUUGCAUCUUCCUUUGUUACGGACAGCGCAAACCCUGACAGAGAAAAGAACGCUUGUGCAACACCAUCUCUUGAAAUGCACACACCGAAACCUGAGACUGGGAAAAACAAUGCUGGAGUUAACAAUGAAAUACCACAGUUUUUAACACAAGAAUUUGGCUUUUCACCAUCGUCUGAAAUAGAAAGACCUGACUCUGGAGACAACAAUCCUGAACGCAAUCAUGAAUUGGAGCCACUUUCAGCUUCUUUAUUAUGCGAAUCUUCAAUCCCAAGUUCAAGUAGUAUUGAGCUAACUGCGUCAUUCUCAGCCACUCCACCUGUUUUCUCGCCUGAAAUUGUUCAGCCUUUUCCUUAG